CUUCAACUCUUCAAGGCCGAUCUUCUGGAUUUGUCAGCCAACAACGCAUCAUCUUGUCUUGGUUCUAUAAAGAGCCACAAUACCAUAAGCCCUCUCAGACAAAAGCAAAUAACUUAACAGUAUUUCUAAAUCGAGAGAAUUCAAUUUCAAAGUGCUGCAAUAUAAUGGCUGCAUCAGGGGAAAAUGUGCAACUAUUGGGAAUUGUGGGAAGCCCAUUCGUGCGCAGGGUACAGAUUGCUCUCAACCUGAAGGGAGUUGAAUACGAAUUCGUGGAACAAAUCUUUGGCCAAAAGAGUGAUCUGCUCCUCAAAUACAACCCAGUUCACAAGAAGGUUCCUGUGUUUGUUCACAAUGACAAGCCCAUAGCAGAGUCCCUUGUGAUUCUUGAGUACAUUGAUGAGACAUGGAAAAGCAACCCAAUCUUGCCUUCUGAUCCUUAUAAGAGAGCAUUGGCACGGUUCUGGUCCAAGUUCAUCGAUGAUAAGGUCAUCGAUACAACAUGGAAAGCUGUUUUCAUCUUGGAAGAGGCAGAGCGUGAGAAGAUAAUUGAAGAACUAUCUGAGGCUCUGCAGUAUCUUGAGAACGAGUUGAAGGAGAAGUUCUUUGGGGGAGAGGAGUUUGAGUUUGUGGACAUUGCUGCUGUGUUCAUAGCUUUUUAUAUCCCUUUGUUUCAAGAAGUAGCAGGACUGCACUUGUUAACAGCUGAAAAUUUUCCCAAGCUAUACAAUUGGAGUCAAGACUUUCUGAAUCAUCCAGUUGUCAAAGAAUCUAUGCCCCCUAGAGACCCACUUCUUGCCAUUUUCAAAGGUCGCUAUGAAAGCCUUACUGCUUCAAAAUAAGAUCAAUUUAGAGUGAACUUGGAAAUUCUGAUGAAAAUUGCUGGAGUAUGUGUUUGUCAUUGAGUUAUUGCUGUUAGUGUUAGUAUUUCAUUUGAGUGUAAUAUGUGUGGUCUAGGAUUUCUCUAUGUCAUAGAAAUCCAAGCAUCGACAUUUUCGCUUUUUCAAUUAGUUAAAGAAGUGAUGAUUUUGUCCUUCAAAGUUGUUGCAGGCUUGCAGCAGCUGCACUUUACCAAUGAUUAAAAUGUUUCCCAUGAUUAUGAA